AAUCAUUAGCAGACCUGAAAUUGAGAAGAAAAGAAGCAGUUGAUGCUAAAUAUUAGAUCGAUAAAAAGUGAAAAACAGAAGAUGUUUUUGAUUCAGAGAGGAUGAAACUCAGAGAGAACCAGAGAUGAAGAAGGAGCUAACACUGAAGUUGGGGUUUUGGAGGUGGAGUUCCUGCUAUUGAAAUAAGAGAAGAACAAAAAUGGAUCUACAUCUGUGGUUGAGAUUAGACAGUUUUAAGCAUAUUGAAUAAUGGGUUUACUUUAAUUCACGCUACAACAUCAUUGAGACCGAGAUUAUAAGGGAGUUCGUUGCUGCAAUUGGAGGUUAGGGUUCUUGCUUUGAAGAAAUUUAUGCAAAAAUUAGAGAUGGGUUGCUUCUGUAACUCGUAUUUGAAGAGAAGAAUUUGGGUUUUGAACAAAGAUUCAUACAAGGAAGAAAUUGACCUGGUUCUUGGUAAAAAAGGAGAGUUUAAGCUGCAACACGAGAAGAACACAAGGAGGAAGAAGUUAGGGUUCUGAAUCUGGUGUUGAUUUGAGAAAGAUGGGUCAGAUGGUGGACUAGUUGAGCUGUUGUUGUGUGGAGCUGAGAAGGAAGAUGGUGAUGUGAUUGUUGGUGUCAAGACUGGUUGCAGGUGGGCUGGUGAUUGCAAAUAAAGAACCAUAAGGUGCUGCUAAUAAUUGAAUGGGAGCAGAUGAAGUUAUAAAAUGAAUAUAUAGAUGUAUGCUAGAAUUGCAGUAAAUUGAGCUGUAGUUCAAGUUGUUGCAGGUACUGGUGAUCUGAGGUUGCUGCUAUAGGUUUGGUUUAUCAUGAAGUUGUCAUCGGAAGAGAAGUUGGUGAUGAGUUAGGUGGAAUUGUGAUGGUUCUUGGAUUGUACUGAGUAGAUGAAGACUCAAUGAGUUGGUGAUACUGGUGAAGAUGAAUUGCAAGUGAUAGACAGUGUGUUGCUGUCAGGUUUCGUCGACAUAGAAGCAGUGAGAAGUAGAUGGAAAUAUACAGAGAAUGCUGCCAUAGCCUUGAGAUGCAGAGACUGGAGAUGAAAUUGGUGUCGAUUUGGUGUUGCAGAGAUGGGUCUGUUGAGUUUUAAGCUCAAAGUGCAGGUAGAGAAGAUGAGAUUUGAACUGAGAAGACGCACUGCAGUCUUUGAUGUUUCAGUUCAUGGCUGAGAAGAUAAUGGUAUUGAACAGUUCAUUUACAGGUCAACAAGAAGAAGCUGGAGAAUUUCAAGGUUGUGAUGCAGCUGUACGUGGGAGUCCAAGUGAAGAUUGUGCUGCAGAGUCAGUUGCAAGCUUGCUGGUGAAGAUAAGAAGGUAUUACAGUUUGCAGUUGUAGUUGAUGUUAUAGGAAUUAUGAGGCAGUACUGUUCGAGGAGACGCAGACGCAGUGGUGUGAUUGAAUUGCAAGAGAUGGUGUAUGAAGCUGAUGGAGUUGUAAUGCUGAUUGAUUUUGGUAAUGGACUGAAGUGCACUGUGGUGGUAAUGUUGUUGUUGCCGCAGGUAGAGCUUGAAGUAUGAAAGGGUGGUUGCUGUGAAGGAUGAAGCUCAGAUGAAUGUUUAGAUGAGCCUAGGUCACAUGUUAUGGAGUUGGAGCUGUGUUUGAAGAUGCAGCUGAGUUGGUGACAAAGAAAAGGAUUUGGUGGCUACUGAAGAGGUUAUGCUGCAGUUGAACAAGACUUUGUUGAGUCGCAACUGAGGAGAAAUGGAAUCAAUGUCUAGGUCUGAAAUUGGCAUAAGAUGGAGCAGCAGAAGAGCAGUCAUGCACAAUGAUUGUGGAACACAAAAGCUGGCCAGUGCAAAAUGGCUUAGGCCUUGGCAGUAAGGACCAAAUCAACUGAGUUAACUCGAUGACUCAUCCUGACUCGACUGAGCCUUGACCGAGUUGACUAACAAUGACCGGUGACCGGGGUGGAUUUGCUGGUCACCUGAGCUACUUACCGGCGACUUUCCCGACCAAUUUUCGGUAGGUUUCCGUCCAACUCUUGGGACUUCCAGCAACACUUUUUGAGCAGAUUUUCUACUUGGGUAUUUCACAUAUGGGCUUGGUGGAUAUAUUGGUAUGGGAUUUUGAAGGCUUGACCUAAGAAAAGCUACAAAAGAGGAAAAGUUUCGACAAUUUUGGUCACGUAUUAUUCUUGGAGCUAAGGGGAGAGCCGCUUUUUUUUGCGCUACUAGGGUACUAAUCCCUGGAUCCCAAAAAAUGGAACUAUCCGAGGUGCGGGAUAACUACUCGUGAAGGAACAAUACUUCAAGCAAGAAUUGACGAGACGGAAGAACAAGAGUUGGAAGUAGAAGAAGAGACUUUCCAGCAAGAAGAAGAAUUUCUAGAACAAGAGGUUCCGGUUGAACAAGAAUCACCUUUUGAAUAAGAAGAAGAAGCAAUGGGUGAUGCAAAUCGUACACUCAAGGACUUGGCUUAUCACAAGCUGGAUACACAACAAUGGUGUAUUCAAACGAACUCUACUUUCGAUAACAAUCCGGGGUUGCUUAGAGAAUUACCAAAGUUCCAUGUCAUGUCAUGGUGAAUGAAGACCCAAACAAGCAUCUAAUGGACUUCCACACCAUUUCCAUGGCCAUGCUUCCAGCGGAGACUGAUGCAGAUGGUGCAAUGUUGAAAGUUUUUCGAUUCUCUUUGGAGGAUAGUGCUAAGGAUUGGUUGUAUUAUUUGCCUUCCAGAAGUGUCACAACAUGGAAUGGGUUGAAUAAACUCUUUUUAGAGAGAUAUUUUCCUGCAUCAAAGGCUACUCAAAUUCGCAAGGAGAUUUGUGCGAUGAAGCAAAAUGUGAGAGAAUCGUUGUAUGAAUGUUGGGAACGGUACAAGAGGUUGGUAGCAAGUUGCCUCAUCACCAAUUUUGUGACGCAAUGAUUAUCCAAUACUUCUAUGAAGGUCUCCAAGCAAGUGAUAGGAAUCUUAUUGACGCUGCAAGUGGUGGUGCACUUAUGAAUAAGACGGUAACACAUGCUAGAGAGUUGAUUGAAAGUAUGGCAGCAAAUUCUCAACAAUUUUCAAGUCGUGGAUCAGAACCACCUACCAAGGGAGUUAAUCAAGAUGACGAUAUUAUUGAAUUACGUCAACAAAUGAGCAAUAUGAUGGCAAUGAUGCAACAAAUUGCAGCAGUGGUUGUAAAACCAUCACGACCGGCUUAUGAGAACGUAGAGCAUGUCAAUGCUAUAUUCUCAAUUCAGCCGUAUGGUAUUUACUCCAACACUUACGAGCAAGUUGCAAGUACAAUUUUUGUUUACAACCAUCCGAGUGAGAUCCAACAACAAGUGCAACAACCGCAACAAGCCCAAAAUUCAGAAUUGGCAAAGAUGGUUACUUUGGUGGAGGCUCUAAUGUCCGUGGUACAGCAAAAUCAACAACUAGCGAACUUAAAUCAGCAGAAAACGGAUAGUGCAAUUAAGGAGUUGCAAUCACAAGUUGGUCAACCACAACAACAACAACCUCAAAAUCAAGGGUCCAAUAUGGAAGAGUUGUUGAAAUCUUUUAUGCAAAGAACGGAGGGUGCGGUCAAGGACUUGCAAACACAAGUUGGUUGGAUGGCUGAAGAAAUUAAUCAGUUGCAUGCACAAAAUGGUGAGAAACUCCCUUCCCAACCUCUUAACCCAAGAGAUGGUGGCAAUGCUAUUACGUUUGGAAGUGGUACACGACUUGUGCAACCUGAAAUUACUGAUUCGGGUAAAUAAGAAGCCCCAAAGGAACCAGUUUUGGAGGAAAAUGAUGUUGAUUUCCCCAAAACUUCCGAGGUACCUAUUUCCAACUCUAAAAAUCAUAUUCCUACUUAUGCUCCUCCUCUACCUUUUCCUGGCAGGUUCGUUGAAUCUAAUAGAAAGGUGGAGCAAGAUAGGGAUAUUUAAGAUGUUUUUAAAAAGGUCCAAGUGAAUAUUCCACUCAUUGAAGUAAUUAGACAAUGUCCUCGCUAUGCAAAGUGUGUAAAGGAUUUGUGCACUAACAAGCACAAGCUAACCGGUAAUGAGUGUGGGGGAGAAUGCUUUGGCAUAUCUUCGAAGGAAACUCCCACCUAAAUUGAAGGAUCCCGGUAGUUUCACAAUUCCAUGCACAAUUGGUAAAACGAGGUUUACAAAAGCGAUGUUAGAUUAGGAGCUUCUAUUAAUGUUAUGCCUACUUCUAUUUA